CCCGCCCGCGGCUGCGACUCCCGAGAAAGACUAGCGGGCUCCGGGGGCUUUGCGGCGUCCCCCGGCCGACGGUUUCGAGACGUGUCAGAUGGAAACAGCGCGUAACGGUCGUCCCAGUUGGCGAGUCGUCGUCGUCUGAGAGGAGAAAGUGAAGGCGGCCCCCACCACCACCACCACCACCCACCCACCACCCGAAGUGUCAGCGGGAGGAGGAAAUGACAUGUCGGCGUCUUAAACUUUGACGCCGAUAAACUCCGCCGCAGCCGAGAACGGGGAGAGUUGACGGCAACGGCCGUCCCAACUUCCAACGGUUUUUUUUCCUCUUGCUAGGAGAACAAAGGGACGACGCGUCCGUUCCGGAGGAGCUGGGGGGGGGAGAGGAUUAUUCGACGCCGCGACUUCGUUAAAUGCCGCGGGGGGACUCGGCGAGCUCGUCCCCCUCCUGCGUGUGCUGUGGAAAAAGGACAUGGACCAGGGGCCAUACUGCGAAGGAGCAUCUAUGUUAACGGUCUUCAAGGUGCCAGACGUUCACUCCACCGGAGCUCUUCGUCGCAUGUGCUGCCGCUAGCUUUGCAUGUAAAAAGGAUCCUUGGUGUCGGACGAGCCAUUUCAAAGCCGCCAUGGACGUCUUCCCCCGGCCGAGCGGCGAGAUCCAGAGAAGGAACCCGCAGCAGGACUUCGAGCUCAUCCAGCGGGUGGGAAGCGGCACUUACGGGGACGUGUACAAGGCUCGGAAUAUUCAGACAGGAGAGCUUGCAGCAGUGAAGAUUAUAAAGCUGGAACCAGGGGAUGACUUUUCCAUCAUUCAGCAGGAAAUCUUCAUGGUGAAGGAAUGCAUGCACCACAACAUUGUGGCCUACUUUGGGAGCUACCUCUGCCGAGAGAAGCUUUGGAUAUGUAUGGAAUACUGCGAUGGAGGAUCCCUCCAGGACAUUUAUCAUGUGACAGGACCUCUGUCUGAACUUCAGAUCGCCUACGUCUGUAGAGAGACCAUACAGGGUUUGGGAUACCUGCACAGCAAAGGCAAGAUGCACCGUGAUAUCAAGGGUGCCAAUAUACUUCUCAAAGACAACGGCGAUGUCAAGUUAGCUGACUUUGGAGUUGCAGCCAAAAUAACUGCCACCAUUGCCAAAAGGAAGUCGUUCAUUGGAACACCCUAUUGGAUGGCUCCCGAGGUUGCUGCAGUAGAGAAGAACGGAGGCUACAACCAGUUGUGUGACAUCUGGGCUGUCGGCAUCACGUCCAUUGAGCUGGCUGAGCUGCAACCCCCCAUGUUUGACCUACACCCAAUGAGAGCGUUGUUUCUGAUGUCAAAGAGCAGCUUUCAGCCUCCCAAGCUAAAAGACAAAACCAAGUGGUCCACGGCCUUCCAUAACUUCGUGAAAGUGGCUCUGACAAAGAACCCAAAGAAGAGGCCCACCGCAGAAAAACUUCUCUCUCAUGUGUUUGUGGCUCAGACUGGCCUGACCAGGAGGCUGGCUGUUGACCUCCUGGACAAGAUGAACAACCCAGACAACCACCAGCACUUCAGUGAAGUGGACGACGACGACCUCGAGCCUCUGUCUGCAGUCAGACACACCAUCCGCUCCACCAACAAGCAGGCGAGAGCUGAGAGGACACGCUCCGAGAUAAACUUCGACAAGGUCCAGUUCGAACCUCCACUUAGGAAGGAAACAGAGGCUCACUCCGAAAUGGAUGUGAGCAAAGAGAAUGACUUCCCUUCCCCCUGGAGUCCCUUUGCAGAGGGUGGAAUCACAACCAGGGGCCACAUUGCCCAUCUGGAAGAUGCCUUUGAAGAUGUAGAGCUGUCAACGCUUAAACCUGGAGUUCCUCCUCCUCUGCCUCCAAAGCCUCGACUGAACAGCUCGUCAGAUGAGCUGGGCCUGAAUGACGAGCGGUGCCUGACGGUGCGGAGGUUCCCCAACUCGGAGAACGGUCCGAGUCAGGUUGCCCGUAGACAGAGUACCCCGGAACAAGGCAACAAGGUGGAACACGCACCGCCCGAUUUCCUCUCUGUCAGUGUCAGCAGUCCUGGCCUGCUGUCACACGCCUCUGACCCUGAAAAUGAUUCAGAUGGUAGCGUGAAUGGAGGCAGUCCGAAGCCGCUACCCAACCGACCGCACCAGAAGGAGAAGAAAGAAUUCCCUAAACCAGCUAUCAACGGUCUGCCCCCUACUCCGAAAGUACUGAUGGGGGCCUGUUUCUCUAAGGUGUUUGACGGCUGCCCACUGAAGAUCAACUGUGCCACAUCUUGGAUCCACCCAGAUACUAAAGACCAAUAUCUCAUCUUUGGUACAGAGGAUGGCAUCUAUACCCUCAACUUAAAUGAGCUUCACGAAGCUACAAUGGAGCAGCUGUUCCCGAGGAAGUGCACAUGGCUCUACAUUAUAAACAACAACCUGAUGUCCUUAUCAGGGAAAACCUUCCAGCUAUACUCCCACAACCUCAUCGGGCUGUUUGAGCAGCUGAAAAAGCCUGGCCUGGCUGCCCAGUUCCAAACCCACCGCUUCCCAGAUAAGAUCCUUCCCAGGAGGUUUGCCUUGACAACUAAGAUCCCUGACACAAAGGGCUGUCACAAGUGCUGCAUCGUGAGGAACCCUUACACAGGCCACAAGUACCUUUGUGGAGCGCUGCAGUCUGGGAUCGUCCUGCUGCAGUGGUACGAACCGAUGCAGAAAUUUAUGCUUAUCAAGCACUUUGACUUCCCGCUGCCCAGCCCACUAAAGGUGUUUGAGAUGCUGGUGGUCCCAGAGCAGGAGUACCCCAUGGUGUGCGUGGCCAUCAGCCAGGGCACAGAGCCGGGCCAAGUGGUCCGUUUUGAGACCAUCAACCUUAACUCCUGCUCUUCCUGGUUCACGGAAAUGGGAACAAGUAAUCAGCAGGUGGAUGCUAUCCAUGUCACCCAACUUGAGAGAGACACAGUGUUGGUGUGUUUGGACCAAAAUUUGAAGAUUGUCAACCUCCAGGGAAAACUGAAGUCCAACAAAAAACUAGCAUCUGAGCUCAGCUUUGAUUUCUGCAUUGGAUCCGUUGUGUGCCUUCAGGACAGUGUGCUGGCCUUCUGGAAGCAUGGCAUGCAAGGAAAGAGCUUCAAGUCCAACGAGGUGACUCAGGAGAUAUCUGAUCCCAGCAGAGUCUUCCGUCUCCUUGGAUCUGACAGGGUGGUGGUUUUGGAGAGCCGGCCGACGGACAACCCCACAGCCCUGAGUAACCUCUACAUCCUGGCAGGUCACGAGAACAGUUACUGAUCCCUGUCCCAGAGACCGGAAGGUUUUUCAGAGGUGUGGAUGGGUUGCCUCAGGUUUAUUUUAUCCUCUUUCUUUUUUUGGGAGUGUACACCAGCAUUUGGCCGACGAGGCUUUAGCGUCAAGGGAAUCCAACUGGCUUGAAAAAAAUGAUUACUGGGAGCUUUUUGUUACUGAUCGCUGGAUCCGUAGGUCAGUAAAAGAGGGGUGGGAUUGAUUUCAAAGGACACCCUCCUCACUUCGGAUCCAUACGAGGCCUUACGUCGUCCGCCGCCGCUCGCCACAGGCGGCGCUGACUAACCUGACUUGAGCUGAAUGUGGAGAAACAAUAAAGGCUGAGCAGAGCAUUGAUGUGACCUGGACUGCGGACUGUGUCGGAAACCAGACAUGUAGGGGUAAAAUUGGAGGGGGGAGGGGGGGGCAUUAAAAUUCAGAAGGAAUUUCUAUAGUAUUAGUGGGAUAAAAAUGCGAGGUUUCUAAGAUGAAGAAUGAAUGGUGUCAUGUGUAACACACAAAAACAAAAUAUUGAUCGUUCCUUUGGCCGGAGCGGGGGGAAGACUUCACGAAGCUUUUUUGGGUCAAACUAAUGCAAUAAUCCCUAAAGAGAACCCUGAUGAUUCCACGUGGGUUAUUCAGACGUUAUUUAUUAAUCUCUACAGUAACGGGGCAUGUUGGGUUUUACAGGCCACAUUAAUGGACUGCAGCAGACAGAUGCAGUCCGCUCUGCCUAGAGUUGAACUACCUAGUGUGUGUG